AUUUAGGCUCUCUCUCUCUCUCUCUCUCUCUCUCCUCCCAGUCUAAUGGGUACCUUCUCAAGAACUACCAUAAUUCACACUUUCCUUCUCUAUGCACUCUGCUUCUCAGGUUUUGGAAUAAUAGGUAGAGUUGAAGCAGUAGGUAUCAACUAUGGUCAAGUUGGCAACAAUCUUCUCCCACCAGAGAAAGUCCUUUCCCUCUUAAGCUCCCUUAAGAUCACAAAAGCAAGAAUCUAUGACACAAAUCCACUAGUCCUCACUGCAUUUGCCAAUUCCGGCGUCGAACUCAUCGUCACCGUCGAAAACCAGAUGCUUCAGGUGGUGAUGGAUCCACAACAAGCCCUUCAAUGGGUUACUACCCACAUUAAACCCUACUUCCCUGCAACAAAGAUUACUGGCAUAGCUGUUGGCAAUGAAAUCUUCACAACUGAUGACUCUUCCUUAAUGUCUAGUGUAGUCCCUGCCAUGGUUAGCAUCCAUGGAGCAUUAGUUCAACUAGGUCUAGACUCAUACAUGCAUGUCUCUACAGCUAAUUCUCUAGCAGUUCUUGCCAAUUCCUUCCCGCCGUCUGCCGGAAGCUUCCGGAGUGAUCUUUCCGGCAUCAUGACACAGUUCUUGCAGUUUUUAUGGAACACUAAAGCACCCUUUUGGAUCAAUGCAUACCCUUAUUUUGCUUAUAAGGAUGACCCAUCUAGGAUUCCUUUAGAUUAUGUUCUCUUCAACCCUAACCAAGGAAUGAUUGAUCCUUACACUAAGUUACACUAUGAUAACAUGUUAUAUGCACAAGUUGAUGCAGUGAUUUUUGCUAUUUCAAAAAUGGGUUUUGGAGGAAUGGAAGUUAGAGUUUCAGAAACUGGUUGGCCUUCUAAAGGAGACCCAGCUGAGUUAGCUGCAACUAUAGAAAAUGCAGCAAUUUAUAAUAGGAAUUUAUUGAGAAGACAAAUGGAGAAUGAAGGGACACCUUUGAGACCUCAUCCAAGUCUUGAAGUUUAUGUAUUUGCUUUGUUUAAUGAAGAUAUGAAGCCAGGGCCUACUUCUGAGAGGAAUUAUGGACUCUAUCAACCUGAUGGAACCAUAGCUUAUAAUCUAGGGCUUUCUGCCUUGUCAACUCCUUCCUCAACUCCUGCUUCCAUCUCUCUUACUUCCUCUGCUACUCAGGGAAGAACAAGUGGAUGCAAAAGCUUGGGAUAUUGGAUUUUUGUGUUCUUGUUGACAUUCCAAUUCUUAAUGAGAAGACCACUCUAAGAAAAUGGAGUGGGGUGUAAAUAGACAUUCUUCUUGUAGGACUUUUUUGCCCUUUGAGUUGAAUUCAAGGUACUCUCAAGAAAAAUGUCAUGACCCUCUUUUCA